CAUCAACUAACUUUUGACGCCAUCACCAACCUUCUCAUUCUCGAUAUCAGAUUUAAUACGGCCAGUCAUGAUGCUUGCCACAAGAUUUCGUGCAGCUCCUACGCUACGAAGCGCAGUCAGGUCAAUCACGACUUUACCGUCCAACCCAAACAUUAAAAUCUUCCCCCACCCAAACGACCCAAAAAGCUACACCCUCUCCCUCCUCCCCACUACCCCUCCCACACCCACCCUCUCCAUCGGCACCACCACCGCCCUACCGCCAACUCCCCAGUCCUUCACCACCAAUCCCCACUUUCUUUCCAUUCUCAACUCCGUCCUCGCCGAACACGCCUACUCCGAUCCCGGUCUUCAAUCACAAGCCCAAGCCUUUGCUUCCCCAGCCGGUUUCUCCUUCCUUUCCCGUGCUGGAUCAAGAAAGGUAGGCAAAAAGGGCAGCGACACGGGUGCCGGCGGUGCCAGUGCUGAAGGAGGCGCUGGAGGCGCGGGCAGGGGAGGAUGGGUGCACUUGAGUGAUGAGAGGACGCCGGUGGAUUUUGGAAGGAUUGCGUGGCCCGAGGAUAUCUUUGGGAGCGUGGAGGUGGAUGGACAGGGCAAGAUCAUCGAGGGGACGUUCCAGGAGAGUGGGACUUAUCGGGUUGUUACGAAUCAGGGCAUCUUGGGACUAAGUCCGUUUUUGAUGGAGAAGUUGGUUGCGAGGCUCAAGGAGGAGGAGGUGAAAGAGAAGCAGAAGGCUUGAGGAGAUGUUUGGGGUAUGAAAGAUGUGGGUGGUGAGGGCGGGUUUACGAUAGGUGAGCGGUCCGUUUGAUGUGUCGCUACACUUCACGCUGUUGUCCAAAAUAAAGGGAAGACAUACGUUUUGGGGCUGGGCUCAAGUCAUCGAGUAAUGUCCAAUAUUCUCAAACCCUCUACUGGGAGUUAUGACAUCUUUCUUCUUGAAAAUGGUCAAGAACUGAAGGGAUGUAAAAAAAUAGAGCGACUAAACGUUGACUGAUCUGUCUUGUGCAGAUGGGAAUUCGACUACUGCCUGAGGUGGGAUAUAAUUCGGGGAGAGAAGAGAAAAAAAAGCGGAAGAAAGGCAUUGAAAGUAAAUAGAUUGAAUGGGAGGGUAGAGAGGAAGCCAAAAAAAUGCAAGCAAAAAACAUACAACACCAGGGAUUCGCUGGUCGUCACCGACCCAACUACUAGUCUGGCCCUCACUGGCUUAUCUAUGGG